UUAGAAAACUAUGUUUGUUUAAUAAAAAGAAAAAGAAACUCUUUCUUCCUCUUCUCUUCCAGCACAGAACAAAACUCUUCCUUCCUCAACACUCAGCCGCUCCACCACUCCGCCGCCACGCACAGCCGAUCCGUCGUCCUCCACAAAGAAAACCCAGGUCUCACCUUUCAUUCUUCCCUUCUGCGCUGAAAUUAGUGUGAUUGAUUAGUUUCUUGAUUUCCAAUUUCAAUUUCAAUGGCGGCGGCAAAGGAUAUAAUAAGCACUUUACCAGACGAGAUUCUCUGUCACAUUCUUUCUUUUCUGCAAACCAAACAAUCCGUUGCAACAAGCAUUCUUUCCAAAAGAUGGAACCCUCUAUGGCUUUCGGUUACCACUCUCUACUUCCAAACAGAAAUUGCAGAUAAAGAAUCCACUCUUCUCUUUAACGAUUUUGUAUACUCUUUUUUAGUCUCACGAAAUGCUACAUUACCUAUUGAAACUUUCCACCUUCAAAUUUCAUAUGAUUCUCCUCUUGAAUGCCCUAAUAGUAUCGCUAAAUGGGUUAAAUUUGUGCUACAAAAUGGAGUUAAAUACUUUUAUUUCUGUAUAAGUCUUGGAAAUGGUUUACCUAUAUUCCCCGCUAGGAUUUUUAGUUGCAAAACCCUUGUGUUUCUCAAGCUUAUGGAUUUCUAUAUGGAAGAGGGUUAUUCUUCUGUUCAACUUCCUUCUCUCAAAACCCUUCAUUUGGAUACUAUUGCGUUCUCAAAACUUCAACAUUUUAUGGUCUUUCUAUCUUCUUGUCCAAUUCUUGAGAGUUUACUCACUCGUUAUGUGUGGUUUAAUUCCGAGGAAUCGUCAACUUGUAACGAGUGGAAGAGCUUUUGCUUAGCUAACUUGAUCACGGCUGAUAUUGAUUUCACUGAAUGUUAUUUUCCAUUGAAAGUAGUUCAUAAUGUACGGUCUUUGACCUUUGGAAUUCAUGAGGUGUUUUACAAUGAUUUGAUUCCUACUUUUCAUAAUUUGACCCAAUUGAAGCUUUUGUGUAAGGAUUGUAUUACUUGGCAAUUCUUAUUAGAAGUUCUUAACCAUUGCCCUAAGCUUCAGAAGCUUGACCUUGAUCAGGGCAAAGUAGACGACGAAACAUGGAUUAGAAACUUUGACAAAGAAAACUGGGUAGAUCCAUAUGUUGUUCCGCAAUGCUUUUCAUUACACCUUAGAACUUGCAAUCUUUUACAAUUCCAUGGCCAACCAGGUGAGGUUAUUCUAGCAAGGUAUAUUUUGAAGAAUGCAAAAGUUUUACAAAACAUGACAAUCUGGAACUCUAGUAAGAGUGAGCUUCACUGCCUUGCCAUAAAAAGAAUGUUAUCCGCAUAUCCAUGGGCUUCUUCAAUGUGUAAACUUAUAGUUUCACCAAAUAAAUCUUCAGAAGACAAGGAAGAGGUAGCUGGGUUAAGUGUAGCAAGGGUUGAUCCACUUCUGCGGCUGCUGGAUUUUGUUAAUUUGCUUGAUCAAUAGAUGAAAAAACUUCUGAUGAGGAAGGACUUGCAAGUUAUGUAUGGUAGUGAUCCAUGUUUCCUUGUAAACAUUCCAUGAAACUCAUAUCGUGAUAAUGGAUCAAAGUAAUGAUGUGAUGAACCUAAAUUAGGAAAGGUAGGAAAUUGUUUUUCAUAGUACAUGUAAUUAGAUCAUAAUUCUGGUGUCUGCUGAUAAUUAUUACUAUUUACUAUGAUCUAGCAUAAAAACUUGGUAGUAAGAAGAAGAAGCUUUUUUGCUUAGCCUUUCGGUUUGUCCAACAUCAUUUUUGUUUUUGCUUUUGCUUUUGCUUUAUUUUAGUUUU